CACAUUAGUUUAAAGUAUACACCUGUGUUAACUACACCUGUGUUAACUCUGUUAUGUUGUUCAACAAAACAGGAUGGCUUGUUCUCACAGGUUUCCUCAUCUACCGUCCUUUGAAGUGGCGAUGGACGAGCGUUUACUAACUAGAGCUUUUAUGAAGGAUGAUGAAACCGCGCCGGGAGGAAAGCGUCUCUGGUUUAAGGGUCCCUCUGUAGACUUAUUGGAUUAUCUUGCCAAAGCUUUCAAUUUCACAUACACAUUCGUCAAACCCUCUGAUGGUAGUACUGGCAGCAAGAAGACUGAUGGAUCCUGGUCUGGUAUAGUGGGUAUGGUGAUGAGAGGGGAGACGCACUUCGCUGUCGGCCCUUUCAGUGUGACUGCCAGCAGGUCUCAGGUGGUAGACCUUACGACGCCAAUAAGUAUGAGCUCCCUAAAAUUUCUGGGAGGACUAGGGCGGUCGGAAGUGAAUCCGUGGAGCUUCUUGCUUCCCUAUACUUCGCUGGUGUGGGCAACUAUCCUGGCAACGCUGCUAGUCUUGCUGGUGACAACAUUUAUUUUUUCAUUGUAUUUCUUCAUUGGAAAUUCCAGCAAAGUAAACAGGAUGAACAGCACCUUCAACCUGAUCCAAGUAUUGCUUCAACAAGAUUAUCACCUGACUGAGGAAUGGUGGUGGUGGGAGCGGGUGGUGUUGGCGGUGUGGAUGUUGAUGACGCUGGUGCUAACACGGAGCUACGCCGGCAACCUCAUUUCCCAUCUAGCAGUACGAUACAUACCGAAACCUUACGUGAACCUCCGGGAGCUCGUAGAUGACAAGUCAGGAGGCAUCAUUUGGCAGCAGGAUUCGUCUACUGAGCAGUAUAUUCGUUCAAAGGAAAUGGGUAUAUUGAAGGAGGUUGCUGAUCUGGAGCAGAAAGGCCGGGCAAGGCGGAUACCAGUCAAGGAGUUCUACUCCAGUAUAGACAAUUUUGUGAAGCGCGGCGACCAUGUCAUCAUCCUCUACGACGAAUUCUUGUCAAUCCUACUGGGUCAACAGUUCUCCAACACAGGUCGGUGUGAUCUCUACUUACUCAAAGACAAAAUCAAGCCAAGUAUGGCUGGUAUGAUGGUUCCUAAGGACAGUCCUUUUCUACCACCUUUUAAUGACAGGGCCUUAGCAAUAAAUGAGUUCGGGCUCUACGAAUAUUGGAUACAGUCUGCCAUCCCAAACUACACAGCUUGUCUUGACCCUCCAACCAAAAUAUCUGUCAGUAAUUCUCUCUCCAUUUCCAAUUUAUGGGGGAUAUUUGUGGUUCUCUUCGGUGGAUUCUUCGUUAGUUUAAUUUUCCUGGGUUUUGAGACUCUUCUCUGAUGAAUUCUUCAUUCAAGGGAUUUAUCAAGGGGUGACUUUAGUACAACAUAAACUCUGUACAAGAAAUGAUGUUUGAAGACAUGACUUUAGAGUAAUUAAGUGGUUCCAGUAUAAGCUCACGCACUAUAGAAAAUGUUUUAAGGUUAAAUCUUUACCUAUGAAAAGAGUUCCAAGAUUAGCUUCACAUAGAGAAAAAUUCACAGCAAGACUAAAAAUUUGUGUAUGUCUGUUAUAGAAAACCAAAAUAAA